CAGGCGACCCGCACCCCGGCAGUCCAGAUGAUGGAAGACUUCCUGCAGAUACUGGUCCAGACCGGUAGCCAGCACCACGAUCUCGUUCUCCACGCCGCGGUCUAGCCCGUAAUGAGAGCUGUGCUGUUGGCUCCACUUGUUGCCUGAACCGUUAUCCAGCCAUACUGGAGCAAAAGUCAAACUCAGCAGCCCUUGGCUAUUAGAUAGGCAGAUCUUGUCUCAUGUACAUCUCUGAUUUUAAAUGUUAAAUUCCAGUUGAGGAGCAUUACCAUUUUGUUUCCUUCACUAUAGCACCCCAGACUAGUACUUUGUCCUUUGUCCUACUCAUUCUUAAACACUGUCCAACCACCUCAGACUGGAAAGGAAUCAGACAUCCCAAGCAUUCUGGAGAAUAUAUAUAUAUAUGCAAUUUAGCAGAAUAAUUGACAUCAGCUCCACUUCUUGGCUCCUACCUUAGAGAACCACGUGUACAGCAUGUUCAUUCACCACAUUACUGCGUAUAAUGGUCAGACGCUGAUAUGGUUAGCAGGAGCCCAGCCAGGACAGAUCACCAAACAAGGAUGGAUGAGAAAAUACGCUACAGCAGUUUUUCGAAUGUUAGUACAUAUGUGACAAUAACAACACUGCACACAGUAUUACUAGAUGUUUUCCACGAAGAUGCACGUAAGGAGUUGCAUAGGAGAUUAAUGAAGCUACAGCCAGAUCUAGUUGCUAUUUCCAGUGAUGGCGAACCUUUUGCUUUCAGCACACUGGCUCUUUUGCUUAAACGGGAGAUUGCAUUUUAAGAUACACACAUCAACAGUUUUCAGUGUGUUACAAUUGUCUAACCACAACUGCAACUAAUACCUCAACAUUUCCACACCCCUCGCCUCCCCACCCCUGGGUUCAAUUCUCAGCACCCACAAGGUGGCUCACAACCAGUGCCCUCUUCUGGCCACCAUGAGGACCACAUGCAUAUGGCACACAGAUGCAUACAAGUAAAAAGCCCAUACACAUAAGAUUAAAAAGGGGGGAAAAUUAAAGGUGGUCUUCUGUGGACUGGGUUUUUUUAUGAGACAUAUUAACAUGUUUAUUUGUGUUGUAAUAUGUACUAACACUCUAAUUCUCUUUUAGUUCUUAGUGAUACUCUAUUGCAUGGAUAGACCACAUGUUACAUGUGUUUUUCAUUCAUCAACUAAUAGGUGUUGGGGUUUGACUGUCGUGAGUGAUCCUGCUAUGGAUUUUUUUUUUUGGUAUGAGUUCAUGUAAUUUACUCUCCUUUGGGUACAUACUGAAGGGUGGGUUGGUUGCUGUGCUGGUUUCUUUUUUGUUGACUUGUCAAAGCUGGGAUCAUCCAGGAAGAGGAAAUGUCGACUGAGGAAUUGUCUCCAUCAGAUUGGACUGUGGACAAGUCUGUGGGGGCAUUCCUCUUGAUUAAUGAUUGAUAUGGAAAGGACCAUCUCACUGUUUGUGGUACCACUCCUGGGCAGGUGGUCCUGUGUUGUAUAAGAAAGUGGAAUGAGCAAGCCAUGUAGAACAAGCCAGUGAGCACCAUUUCUCCAUGGCCUCUGCUUCUGCUCCUGCCUUGGCCUCCCUCUGUACUACAGUGUUAUCUGUAAGGCAAAGAAACCCUUUCUUCCCCAAGUUGCAUUUGGUCUUAUUUAUCACAGCAUUAGACAGCAAACUAGGAUAGUAGGGUCCUGUGGCAGUUUGAGAUCUUCUUGAGGAAUGGCCCAUCUCUUUUCCAAAGAGACCUCCCCAUUUUCACCGACACUGACAGUGAACACCAUGUGAUUUCCAGUGUGUUUAGUGAUACAGAGAUUGUCAGCCUGGACCUUCUUCAUCACGGUUCCUAGUGCCAACCUCUUUCUUCAGGCCUGUGCCAGUCAGCUCCCCAUCACUGUAACAGGUACCCCAGGCGAUUAGAGAGGUACCUCUCUUGUAUGGGGAGAGGUCCACUUUGGCUCACAGCUUGCUUUUGGGGCUUCUGGUAGUAUAGAUGCAUGCAUGCAUGGUGGAGUCAAAAUGUCAUAUACUUCACGGGUGGGAAGAAAAAGAGGGAAAGGAUGGGACUGGGGUUCCACUGUCCUCCUCAAGGACGUAACCCAAGUGUCAUGCUGCUGGGUCUCAUCUCUUGAACGUUUUACCCCCUCCAAAUAGCAGUGCCCCAGAGGUUUUCACACAGAGACCUUUGGAAGACACUGCAGAUCUGAACCAUGACAAGACUUCCCUUACACAUGCCCUAGAUCCAACUGUAAGGCUGUCCGGUGGCUCCACCUUUGAAACAUGUCCUGAACCUGCCUUGUUCCUAGUGCCCUGGGAUCACUCUAGGCCAAGCUCCUAACAUCUUUCCCCUGUGUGAUUGCUUCACUCACUCCAAAGAUUUUAACUUUAUAUGUAUACACAAGCCCUUGAGUGCCUUGAGGGAUGCUAUUAAUCUUAAGUCAUACCAUGACCCUCCUCUGCUCAAAACUCACUAGUUCCUUCUCAGAGGGAUGAAAGGCAACAUCAUCAUCUUGACCCCAAGGAUGGCACAUUAGAACCUAUUGUCCCCUUUAAACACUGCCAUUAGUGCUUCUCUUAUAACCUUUCUGCUCUAUAAGCAGCUCCUGCCUCAGGCCUUGGCAUAUGUUUACCCUUGCAUAGCUCCCACCCCCUUACCUACUUGGAAUCCUAUCAGCCCCAGCAGAGUACAUCUUCCCCAAUGGAUCAGUUGCCUCUUGCAUGAAACCUCAGACUAUGUGGGAGGAGUGCUGCCUGCUCUGCUGAUCUAGAAUGGUGCUAACACACCAGAAGUCGCAAACUUAUGACUCCUGUUUCAGUGGCUUCCCCAUGGUUGCCACAGCAAAUGGAACUGUGGCAUGUUGCUUUUCAUCUGCCUUUUUGUUGUUGUUGUUGUUCACAAUGAUUUAUGUCUUUUAUUGGCAUAUGAGUUUUAAAGCAACCCUUAUACCACAUCAGCUGUGAACCUCAUACAUGACCCGAGCCACUCAGGGCUGGAGACCUGGUUUUCCAAUGCUCAUCACAAAGUAGUACUUGAUUGUUUUGCUUUGCACGAGCAUACUGUUGUAAAUAUGAACUCACAGCUUCAAAAGGGAAAACUACCUCUAGCAGGCAUCAGUGGGAUUUGAAUAUUUUCAAGCCCAGUGAUGUUGGAGCCCCUACGGCUCCAGAUAUGGUAAUAGAAGUCCAAUAGAAGAAUACCAAGAAGUCCUGGCCCUGGAGCUUAAUGUGGGUAUGUAUAGCAAGUGUCUAGGCUGUGAUGGAGUCUAUCUUUGCAGAUGAGCCUGGUUUUAUUCCAUGUCAGUUGAAGGCUGAUAGCUCAGCCUAAGAUGCCACAUGUACCAUUCCCACUCACAUACUGGUAACUGCUUUGCUGAAGGACUCCUUCAAGCUGCAGCUUUCCUGGGCCAGUCAGUAUUGAAAACGAAGCUUUUUGGUAUCUUCCCAUGAAGCUGUUGCCCAGCCUCCCGAGGCUAAGGAGGGAAGGAUGCAUAAUGGCUUGCUGUUAGGCCUUUCUCUCUGUGGGCUGUGUUACUAGGCACCACUGAAACAAUCCCACUUGGAUCCAGAAGGCUUUUGUUGGAGGUUCAAAGCGUGCAAACUCUGAAGGUUUGUGGUUCCUUUGUACAUGCUGGGGGGUGGGAUAUCUGUGGGGGAGAGUUGAAGUCCUGGCAAAGAAGUCACUUUUGAAGUCACUUCAGUAUUGUUUGAGCUGCUUCCAAUAGUGUACUGUUCAAAGUGUCAUUAUGAAGUCUAGAAAUACAUUAAGAAGCAAAAGUCACCCAAGAUCCUGCCACCAGCUAACCCACAGUGUAUUUGUGAUGUAUUUAUUCUAGAUUAUUCCUUGUAUUGUGGCAUGAAAGAAUUUUGGGGGGUUGAUAGAACUGCUUUGUGGUGGGGCUCACAACACAUCUGUCAGGACACUUUGAAAGGGUAAAGUUAACAUUUUGCACAUUAAGAGGACAUCAAUUUGCUCAUGAAUCUGCGAUGCAGGGAGGGCUUGGUGAAGACUGUUUCUGCUCUGUGUAGUGGCAGCUAGUAUCUUACAGACCUGGGGGCUGACAAUGGCAGUUGGGUGGGAGCUGUCGGAACAGCUCACGUGAUCCUCAUGUGGCCGUCCGUACUGGUUGACAAUAUGGAGGCUAUGUCUGUAGGCCCCAAACAAGACAGCAGCAGGGUUUGUAGGAGCUGACUUCAGAAGUCACAUGGUGUUACUUCCUAUGAACUUCAUUGGCUGAGGUGGUCACACACAUUUGUCUGACCCACUGGAUGGGAGGAGUAUUGGCCACACAAAGGAGGAAGAGCUUGUGAGAGAAUGUCUGAGAGGUGGCAUAUCUUCAUAAAACACAGUGCCACGGGUCCCUAAGCCCUGCUCUUGGAGAAUUAUCCCUGAAGGCCUGGAGUGAACCCUGAGAAUAUUAUUAACAUAUUAUUAUUAUUAUUAACAUGUUGUUGCUAACAUUACUAUUAAGCUGGGAAUUUAACCAGGGCCUGACACACGCUGGGCAAGCUCUUCACCAUUGAGCUAUAUCUCCUUUUUACUUUUUAUUUUAAAGCAGAGUGUCCCUAAACUGCCCAGGUUGGUCUUGAACUCACGUUGUAGCCCAAGAUAGCCUUGAACUUGUGAUUCUCUUGCCUCAGUCUCUUAAGUAGAUGGGAUGAAGGCCUGUGCCAGCCAGCCCAGCACAAUCUUAUUUUUGAUGCAUUCUGGGUAACAUUGAUGUGCAUUUAGGAUGGGCUUUGGCCCUUCGGCCUAGACCUUUGGCCUCUCACCCUGAGCCUGUGGAGUAUGGCUGCUCUCCUAGGUAAUGUAAUCAAAGGCAACUUGAACUCUGUUGCCAGACUACACAAUCAUGUCUCUCCCCUCUCCACCUCUAUAUCUAUAUCUAUAUCUUACACACACACACACACACACACACACACACACACACACACACACACGCACUUCCUGGGAGGGUCCUGCCCAGUUUGACUGUGCCUUACUGCUGAGGCACCUCCACUUGUCAGGAGCUGAUUGAUAUCUGAUGACGUGAAAGAGUAAAGCUAGACUUCAAGUAGGUUUUGUGGUGGGCAAUAAAAUCUUGACACUCAGUAAGACUUCUUCCUGAUUUUCUUCUGGCUCUCUACUAUUUAAUUAAGGGAUUGCUAUUCACAAGUAUCUUGAGAUGAAAAGAAAGGAUAAAGAUGCUCAAUUCUGAUACAGAGCUGAGUUUCCCAACUGGCUCUUCAUUAUACGGGUUUACAGGUUCUUGGAAAUCUGAGUCCUCCAGACCUCUGCACCAGUAGCAUAUAUUUGUUUCUGCACUGGACUGGCUGGGUUUGUGUGUCAACUUGACACAAGCUAGAGUCAUCAGAGAGGAAGGAGGCUCAGUUGAGGAAAUGCCUCAAUAUGAUCCAGCUGCAAGGCAUUUUCUCAAGUAGUGAUCAAUAGGGGAGGGCCCAGUCCAUGACGGUGGUGCCAUCCCUGGGCUGGUGGUCCUGGGUUCUAUAAGAAAGCAGGCUAAGCAAGUCAUGUGAGCAAGCCAGUAAGCAGCACCUCUCCAUGGCCUCUGCAUCAGCUCUUGUCUCUAGGAUUCUGCCCUGUUUGAGUUCCUUUCCAGGCUUCCUUCGGUGAUGAACAGCAAUGUUGAAGCACAAGCCAAAUAGAUCUUUUCCUCCUCAACUUGCUCUUUGGUCAUGAUGUUUCAUCGCAGCAAUAGGAACUCUAAGGAGACAUCACUUAAUAAAAGUAACUGUUUAAAUUAAUAUGAAAGGACCCUUCAGUGGGAAGUCAGAGUCAGGGUGAUAGGUGGAACCCGGGAACCAGGAUCCUGUGUCUGCUCCUGAGGGAUGGUGCUGCUAAGCUGUCUUGCUUCAUGAUGUCUUUAGGAGCAGCUGUAUCCCAGUAGCUUUUUAUUCUUACAGCUCCGUGUGCAUUUUCUACAUGUCUUGGUUCACAGAGUGCAAUCUCCGGUAUGCUGGAGGUGUGGGCAAGGUGAACAGGCUUUCUUAAAGGGGGCGUGCUGCCCUUCAGUGUGGACCCUUACAGUUUUUCCUGAGGUUCAGGUUUUAUCUUGAUUUAACCUGAGGGUUCCAUGCAGUAUGCAGUAUUCUGGAAUGUACCAUCUCAUCUGGUGACCUAGGAGAGUAUGCUCUGGGAGGCUUGGGACCUGGUUCCAGCUCCAGCUCAGCUGAGGUUCUGCUCUUUGACCCAAAGUAGGCCAUAGUUCAACUUCAAACUACUUUUCUCAGCAACCCAGUGUCUGUGGGUGGAACCUUGUGUCCAAUUUUCUUUCCUAAACUGGCUGGUAAGUGGGAACACUCCCUCACUAGAAAACUUACCCACCCCUCUGCACCUUCCAUUGCCCAUUGUGCUAGUUGCUGCCUGCCCUUUGGGGCUGUGCACCAAAAGCCAUCCUGCUGUCCAUCAGUUUCUGUGAACUUGUCACGAGCCUUCACCCCUCAAGGCCCGGUAUCCGCCAUUUCUUCUGCACGGGCUCUCUUGCUUUCACCAAUCCGCCUGGCUUUCGCUACCUCUUGGAGUCCAUCCCUGUUCAAUCUAGCCAGUCCACUGUGGGUUGUUCCUCUCUGACUCAGGCCACUUGGUGUGUUGUGGUCUUCCGGGUCAGGGCCAGCAGUUGAGGUGCUUGGCCAGGGUGUGUUCAGGGUGUGGGUGGGCUUUGUCAGAGGAGUGCGGGCAUUGGUGGUCAGGAGUCUACAGAUCUCAGGGCAGUGCUGUAACGUACUUGCAGGGGGUAGAAUACUUCACCCUUCCAAGCCUGUAUCCUUAUCUCGGGCGUGGUGGUGGGGAACAAGACAGAAUUUUCACGGUAUUUUCAGGACAUCAGCCCCAGAAGCAGAAAAUCUAACGAGAGAGUUUUGGGGUGUGAGUAUGUACAGACAGACCAUCACUUUAGCUUUAUUUAAGCGUGGGAGACGAGAGUGGGUGGAGCCAUAGAAAGGAUCCAGCAGGGUCAGUCGCAUAAUAGGUAUGGAGCUCCUGGUGAGAGUUUUUUUAAUAUUGGGUAAAUAAACGAAUGGGUGAAGGCAAUCGCUUUCUGAAUCGGCCUUUCACCUUUUGGACUGGUCUGGUGCACCCAGGCUGCGCAGAGGCUGUGUCGCGAGAAAUCUCUCCUUAUAUGUCUGCCUGCUUGCGUAGUGAGCUCCUUGAAAAGCUCUGACUCCCUCAGAAUACCUGGAAGAAGGUUCCCAGAGCCUGCAGGCAGGAGCCGAACUCAGCUGGGGGAAGGAAGCCCCGCCCCCAGCCGUGGGCUGAGGUCUCCUGGCAACCGCCUAACAAAGUCCCUUUGGGAUCAGCUACCUAUAGCGCCUGCGCCCAGCUUCCCUGAUCAGAGUGGCUGCCACUGUGCAGCAGGUGCAGGAGCCCACAGGUGUGCUUACUCACAGGUAACCUUGAGCUUGGGUUCAGCCUCCGUUUCACCUCAGACGCCCCAGGCCCCCCAGGCGCUGACUUCCUGGCAGCCAGAGUUCGGUAGCUUGAAAUCUGAGUGAUGUCUGAGCCAGAGCUCUCUGUGUCUUGCCUCAGGGCAUCUUGCUGGGGUCCAGUGUGUCCUGUGCCGGCUCAGUUCCCCUUUCUGCAAGUGGCAGCUGUCUGUUCUGUGCUGGGGCCACCUCCAGGACUCUGCCUCAGCCUCUUGAGAGGAGUCAGGUCUCCCACCUUCCCGUGCCUCCCGGGUCAGCGGUGAACUAGCUCACCUAGAUCUGGAUGCCAAGAGCACCCAUUGACCAACUCCUGAUUUCUGAGCGAGGAGUUGCUGGGCUCAGGUCAGAGGAAUAUCGCUGCUCGUCACUGCCAGCUGCCUCUCUCUGGCUUCUUCACCCACUGCUUCUCCUUAACUACGAAGCACUCACUGUAUAAGUAGGCCUCCACUGAAGCCUGGGACAUUGGAAACAAGACAGAGAUGGGACCCGGAGGAUGGGCCUUCCUGCACUGGGCACGUUUACUCCUGAGGUCUUUGCUGUCUCCCACCAGGACCGUUCUGGUGUUGUACAAGAUGUCUCUGCGGGCCUGGGAAUGGGAGGAAGAGGGGAGAGCAAGCAUGGAUCCUGCCUCCUCCAUGGCUAGUGCUUACCAGUCAGCAAGCGAGUAUGAGACGGAGGAGUACCUGAAAUCCAGGACCCCAGCCCAGGAAUGGGACUCUGAGGACCAGUUCAGCAGCCUGCAUUCCUCAGAAGGGCCUGCCUGCACCUAUAACUCUGAUGUGCCCCAGGUUGUCCCCUGCAGAUUCGUUAUCUCACUGGCCUUCCCCGCAAUCACGGUUCAAAAAGGAAAAGUCACAAAUUAUAGUGAUAAAAAGAAAGCCCCUAAACCAGACAACCGGUCUGCAAAGGCUCGUCGAUUCUACCACAUUGAGUAUUUUUUCCUGCCUGAUGAUGUAGAACCCAAAAAAGUUGAUAUCGUGGUGUUUCCUGGAGUGGCCAAAGUGUUUCUGGAGUCAGGAAUAAAGACUGUGAAGCCAUGGAAAGAAGAUGACAAAAUCUGGGUGUCAUGGAGCCAAACCUUUAACGUCAACAUGACAAAGGAAUUACUAAAGAAAAUAAACUUUCACAAAAUCACUUUGAAUCUCUGGGACACCAGGGACAAAGUUUCUAAAAAAGUCAGAUACCACCGGCUGAAGACAGCUGUUUACACGGAAGACCCGGAAUCUUUUGAAGAAGUGAAACUUUUGGUUUUAAGUCAGAAAAGGUUGUCUACAAUUUCCAAUCAUAAACCCAGCGUUGUCACUGAGGAGUUGAAAGAAGAGAGCCCACCAGGUGACCAAGAAAAGGCAGAAAAACACUUGAAGUCUCCACAAGAGCCUGAAAGUCCUUCUAAGAACGGUGAGGAAUGUGAGAAGUCACUCAAGACGGAAGACUCCUCUGGAUCUCGACGGACCCCGGCAAAAACACCUGUUUCUUUGGCUGGAACAACCAUGAUGGAGAUCAAUGAAAUUAUCGAGAAAGCCUCAUUGAGCAGCUUAACAAACAUGAUAGAAAAACAAAAGUCUCAAAUAAAAGGGAAAGACUCAGAGGCGAAGAAGAAAAGUCCAAAGAAAGUGAAGAAGUAUCAGACAGAGGAGGAGGCAGACCCGAAGCUGCCAACAGCAACCGCCUGGAAGCCGAGUGUCUUUUCCAUCCAGCUCUCCGUCAUGCCUCUCCUUGCUGGCUGGCAAACGGUCAUCAGCCGUGGCAGUGAGAAGUCUGCCGACAUUUUAGAUUGCUUUUUGACUUUAAAAACCGAAGUUCCUAUCAUGACUGAAGAGCAAAAACAAGACUUGAACCCCUUGACCAUAAAGAUCAGGUGUGCCUCUUGCCUUCCGAUCCAGCCUUUAUCCAUUCAUGACCUGGAGAAGCUGUGCACCCCUGUGUACUGCAGAUACCAGUUCCACAAUACUCCAGUUCAUGAGACCAAGAGGGAGCCCCAUGGGACUCAUGUAUUUUUCCAGGAUAUCAAUGUCAUCUUCCUUGGGGCCAUGCACCCCAGUGACCUGAGGGAAUACCUGGAAGGGCCCCCUAUGGUGGUUGAAGUCCAUGACAGGGACCAAAAGUCAGAGGAGUACUCCCGGAAACCUGCCCUGUUUGGAGAGGACCCUGUGGAUUCGUACUUCAAUCUCCAAGCUUUCAUCUCUCCCAAAGACACAGAGAAUAACCCUUUUGAGUCCCAGAAUAAGACAUGGGACCCUUAUGGGGUUGCCCGGGUCAGCUUUGCUGACCUCCUCCUUGGUCAUAAGUUCUUGAACGUGGUUGUCCCCAUCCAUAACUGUGAGCCAAAGUCUGCCAGCCGGAACCAGGAUAGGAGGAAGAAAAAGUCUGUAGGAUUCCGGGCCCCCACAGAUGUCCUCCAGCACAGCUCAAUACCCACGGGCAACUACCUGGAGGCCAACUCUCUACUCAAGCUCCGAGUGGACAUCGCAGUGCCCCUGAGUGCUUGGUUCACAGCUCCUGAGUUUGACCUCAUGGGUAACCAGUUCGGCCGCAUCAUUUUUGUGUUCAACACCAAGAAGCUGGUCCUCCUACAGGACCUGCUGCAGGACAUCACCAUGAUCAAUGCCAAAGCCCUGGACCUGGACAGUUAUCCUGCCCAGGACAUCCAGCAGAUCCUGUCGGCCUUCAGGGUGCGUGUGAGGAUCCAAAAGCAACAGAACCUAGAUGUGCUCACUGGCUUCCAUCUGCUGGAUGGAAAGAUCCAUCUUUUUAUUCUAGAAGGCUUGGCAGAACACGGCUUGAGGCGGCUGUGGGACAGUUACCAGAGCAGGGUUACUACCUCUAAUCAAGUACCAUGCAAGGUGCUCUAUGACUCCAGGUUGCUCUUCCGCAAUCGCCUGUAUGCUGACCUGGAGACCAUUCUGUACCAUGUACAUUUGUUCAGGCCUGUGUCGCUGCUCCUGCGGUACCCAGCGCUCUAUGUUCGUGGGGCUGUGCCACGCAUGGCUUUUCAGGCACUGGUCAGGAUCCAUGACAUCUGCCACAACAGCACCAGACUCAAGGAAGUGAUUAUGAGAGGCCUGCUGCCUUCCUCCUCCAUGGUUAAAGACCUGAGCCAAGAGUUUGGGAUACCCGUUUCCCAGGAAGAACUCACAGAAGGAAAGCCAUUGGCCGCAUUACCCCAGCCCACUCCCAAUGAAGAGAAUGUCCAACGUCAGGCUUCUACCCUCCCAGGGGACAUCCAGACCCACCAGGAGAAGUAUCUGCAGUGGCGGAACAACAUGCUGCUGAAGAACCAAGGCUAUAGGGAUAGCCUUGUUCAGAAAAAUAUCACAGAAGCCUACCAGUUCACCAAAAAGCCUCCGAAAUCAACGGUGAAGACAAUUAGAAUUGCCAUUCCUGAGAACAAAGGCAUCUACAACUACAGUAUCCAGAGCCUGAAUUCCACAGAGCUUGCUAAGAAGGAGAUGUUUAAAGAGAUGGCCAAAGAGCCAAUGAAGCGAUUCACAUAUUCACAGAACUACCUCUCAGCUAUGGUGGAUCCUCAGGACCCAAAGGAAGAAGAGAAGAAAGCCCAGAAGAAGUCCCGCCAAGCCUGGCUCACAACUGGUGGGUUCCAAGUGUGGGGUCUUCAGAGCGCCACUGGAAGCUGCCAGCAGGAUCUGAGACUUUCAUCAAUCAAAGAGACAAAUGAGGAAUGGCAGGAAAGUGCACUGUUUGCUAACGUGUUGAAGCCUGUGUUGGAUCGGGAUAGGUGGAGCUGGAGCCAGCGACACCAGGACUUUGAUCUGUAUAAGAAGCCACCACUUUACCUUCAGGUGGCCCCUCUUUCAGCUCCAAAGCCUGCAGCUGGUAGGAGAAAGAAGGCAAGCAUCCAGUCUCCUGAACGGCACAGACAGAGUCAAGUCACAACAAAUGUACCUAGUUCCCAGGACAGUCUCUCUGUGCAUGAAGACUUACUGUCUCUCAAUGACCAGCAACUGAUAGUAGGGACCUCGUCUCACGUAGAUCCUACUUCCGGUGAAUCUUCAGUGGGACCACAUCACCGGAGUUCCUCCUUUCCCAGCCGCUGGCUUCAUUAACAUUUGGAUGAUGCAGGGGCUUAGCCCAGUCAUCGUGACCCUGUUGCAAAUGCACUCUGGUUCCAAGAGCAGGC